GAGCUCUGAUCAGCAGGUGCUGAAUUGAAGGUCACAGGCCUCGACGAUCUGCAUAAGAAGCUGGUUGAGAGGCCACUAAUGAGAGUUCCCCUGUCAUACUAGCUGAAGACUCACCAGGGGAAGAUCGAUCGAAAAGCCACUAAAUAUUUUGGAUCUUUGCAAUUUUUUUCUGUUGGAGCCUGUCUUAGAUUGAAUCUGGUUGUAUCGUCCUGCCAUUCCCUUUCUCUCCCUUUCUAUUCGUUCCUCGGCCUGUUCUUUGUGGUUGGUUGUUGUUGAAGUCAGCGUUGCCGGUUUAGUGAAAGGUUUCUUCCUCGAACGAUGAAUUAUCCUCCACCUACCAGGGCGGAAUGGAGCACAGGACUGUAUGACUGUAUGAAUGAUUGUGACACAUGUUGUUGGGGAUGUUGGUGCCCCUGUGUUCUGGUGGGAAAAAACGUGGAGGUUCUUGACGAAGGAGCAACCAGCUGUUGCACUGCAGGAACGCUCUUCUGUUUACUGCAGUAUUGCGUAGGCGUCGGAUGCAUAUAUACUUGUAUUUAUCGAGGACGUCUUCGUCAAAAGUACGGACUUCCUCCCGGCCCUUGUGGCGAUUGUCUCACCGACUGUUGCUGUCAGGCUUGCUCUAUUUGCCAAGUCACCCGCGAGCUGGGAAAUCAACUCCACCGCGACAGAGGUCCUGAUGAUAAUGAACUUAGAGCUAUGGGAAACCGAACCGAUCCGAGUAAUAUUGGGGUCAAUAGCAAUUCACCGGCUCAAAAGCAGUACAUGAACAGAUGAAGCCCGUCUUCAACAUAGCGCACAACGUCUGCCGCUCUCUGCCCCAAAGCAUCGUCGACUCGAUCGAAGCAGAGAUAUGAUUAGCCGAUCGCGAUCCCAACCACUGCGGGAAGAGGGCACGAAGGACGGGUCUAUGGGGAACAUCGACCACGGCUUCUGACAACAUCAGAACUAUAACAUGAAAGAAGAAGAAACGACACGAGGCACUUGCGAACAUCUUCCUUCACUCAUCAACGGAGGCUUUGAUUAGACUGGACGAGCUUUGUUCAGGCUUUCUGCGAUCAUAGAUCUUCUCCCUGGUAUUUUAUUAGGAAGAAAAGAAGAGAAAAACAUUUACAGUAGAGUGUUUACAGGAUCCAUUAACCUGCCAUUAGUAUGAUUCUUUCACCUUAGAGACUUCCAGUACAGAUAUCGUACACCAUGUGCGGCAGGCAUAGCAUAAGAUUCAUUCCACCUGCACCGUCAUUAGAUAGUUGACCAUUGAUAAUGUACCAUCUCUAGUCUUGUGAAGAGUGAUGCGCAACGUAUUAUUUGUAUAGCUCAGCAACGAAAGGAAGGCUUGAUAAGAAUACUACAGCA